GCGAAUUUGAUUUCCUCUUCGUGAAACGAUAAUGACAGCAGUGGAUGUUUUUGUUGGAAAUUACACGUUGAUUGAUUUCGAACUGUACGACUUAUGGUUAAAUGGUUACUCUGCUCAUGAUGCAGCUCUGUUCCUGCAGAAAAGUGGGGUCCUACAGAAGGCCGAUGUUUCCAUGGAGAUCGUGUACAGUGACAUUCAAGAUCAGUACAGGCUGUUCACAAGUAUGGAAAAACUUCUGAAGUCACCCCCUAAAUUAAUUGAUCAGCAGAUCUACCAAAUGGAAACAGAUAUGCAAAAACGUGUCAUUGAAAGGUAUUAUAGGUUUGAUUCUGUGGUUGUCAGAGAAAUACUUGGUAAGAAACUGUCCUCCAGAAAUAGAAAGGACAUGGAGGAUGUCAGUGAAAAAACAAGAAUUCCAAUUCGUAGCUGUAGAAGACAGUUUGACAAUCUAAAACGGGUCUUCAAGACUGUAGAAGACAUGAUGGGAUCAUUAGUGGAGAACAUCAAGACACAUUAUCUCCUGUCUGAAGAUCUGGCAAGGCAGUAUGCAGCCAUUGUCUUCAUUGCUAACAACAGAUUUGAGACUGGAAAGAAAAAACUCAGCCACCUGACAUUUGAGGACUUUGUGUUCUGUGCUAACCAGAUGAUAACAAACUGGUCCUACAGCUCUGUAGAAUGUAAAGUGCAUGAAGACAUGGAUGUUGAUUUAGACCGGAGAUUUCUUCAGGAUUUAAGAGAACUCAAAUUGAUUGCAGAAAAAGAGGUUCUAGAUGACCAUAAAGGGCAGGUAAUCAGUCAUCUGAAGCAGACCAUGUCUAAAAAAUCAAGACAAAUAGUGGAGGAAUCUUUUAAGAACUGGUCCAAGGCAAUUAUAAACAUUGCUUGUGGUUUGAAUCACAGCAAAGAUGUCCGAGAUAUAUUCUUAGACUUAGUGGAGAAGGUGACAGAACCCUGCUUGUCUGUGGGUCUAACUGCUCCAGACAUGAACACAUUCCUCAGUGCUUACAAGGACACUAUUGUCAAAAUGGAUGUCUUCAGACAUCAGCCUCACAUGUUAGUGGUGUGGGACAGAUACAUGAAGACUUUAAUUCUAUGUGUACUACAGAUCUACCACACCUGACAGCCAUUAUAACAUCAAAAUUAAGACGAACAUGCUUAUAGGCAGCUGCUAGUAUUAACUGUCAAUGUUUACAGACGGCUGCUAGUAUUAACUGUAAAUGUUUACAGACAGCUUCUGAUGUAAAGUGUAGAUGUUUACAGACAGCUUCUGGUGUUAACUGUAAAUGUUUACAGACAGCUGCGGGUGUUAAUUGUAAAUGUUUACAGACAGCUUCUGAUGUAAAGUGUAGAUGUUUACAGACAGCUUCUGGUGUUAACUGUAAAUGUUUACAGACAGCUGCGGGUGUUAACUGUAAAUGUUUACAGACAGCUUCUGAUGUAAAGUGUAAAUGUUUACAGACAGCUGCUAGUAUUAACUGUAAAUGUUUAGAGACAGCUUCUGAUGUAAAGUGUAGAUGUUUACAGACAGCUGCUAGUAUUAACUGUAAAUGUUUACAGACAGCUGCCGGUGUUAACUGUAAAUUUUUACAGACAGCUUCUGAUGUAAAGUGUAGAUGUUUACAGACAGCUUCUGGUGUUAACUGUAAAUGUUUACAGACAGCUGCUGGUGUUAACUGUAAAUGUUUAGACAGCUGCUGGUGUUAACUGUAAAUGUUUAGACAUCUGCUGGUGUUAACUUUAAAUGAUGUUCACAUAUAUAUUUCUCUGGAGUGUCUUCAGCACACAGAAAUGGAGAGAAAGCUGAUUACCUGUCAACAAAAGUUAGCUAAAUGUUUACCCACAUAGUAGUGGGUAGAAGUUAACUAAAUGUAUACCUGUAUAA